AUGUCUGGUAAGUCAGAAGAAGUUUUAAUAAUGUUUGCUGAAUUUGUUGAAUCUACACAUGGGAGAAGACAAUCAUGUUACCUGGCUUAUCGAUAUUCUCUCAAACGUAAAAGUCAAAAUGGUUCAGAGUAUUGGGUACGUGUGAAAUGUAACGCUACGGCAACAAGUUAUUCGGAUGCGUCGAUCGUAGUGCGUGACCAUCAUACACAUUUACCUGAUGAAACUGAUAUGGAAAUAUUACAAAUUAGAAAAACUUUAAAACGUAAAGUUAUGGAAGAAUCUGGCCCAAUAGAUCGUAUAGUCGAAGAAGCAUACCACGCUGCUAAUCGUCAGUCUCAAUCCAGUGAUUUGAUUUUUAACUUACCGUUGAUUCAUAGAAUGAAAAAUACAUCACAAAAACAACGUUGUAAGACUGGUUCACCCAUUCCCCAAUCGAUUGAACAACUUCCGUAUCCAUUACCCGACGUUUAUUGCAAUACAACAAAAAGUGAGUUAUUUUUGUUAUACGAUGGGUCACUUGGUGGUACUCGUUCACUCGUUUUUGCGUCCUAUAAUGAUAUCGUUUAUCUAUCACAACAAGAACACUGGUACAGUGAUGGUACAUUUUAUACGUGUCCAUCCAUUUUUUAUCAAAUAUAUUCGAUUCAUGCAUAUUACGAUGGAAUGUCAACCCCAUGCGUUUUCGCGUUACUUGGAGGUGAGUCAGAAGAAACUUAA